GUCUCUUGUCCAGUCUUGCUCAGCUUCUGUCCGGGCGUGCCAGCUACGGAACGGUUCCCUCUCACUUCAAAACCAUGGAGGUGCCAGAACCGAAGAAAUUCCGCCGCUCCUGCUUUUUGUCUCACCUUGCGGACGUGCCUCUCGUAAAGACGGCUACCGCAAACGUCCAGACGUUUUACACCGAGACAAAGGAACGCUCGCUGUUGUUCCGUGCCUGGGCCAGCAUGGCCGAAUUGGUGAUGAUAUUGGCGAUGUGGGGAGCCAACAAGACGGUGGGGAAGUGGUGUCAGGCCAUUCUGCGUCAUGAAGGAGAAGCUCAACUGGCUGCUGCCAUCGACACCUAUGCAUGCGUGAAACUGCAGCAAUUGGAGGUUAAAUUCCCGGUCCUGACCAAGUCUGCCGAUGUGGUCGCAAAGAAGGCUACACAGAAGGUGCUGUCCGUAGCAUUUCUCAUUCCUCGCUGGAUGUUGGAGACAAGGCUGGGGAAGAUCGCCGUAUUUGGACUGGAUAAAACCCUGCAGUUGUCGGUGACGGUGGCCGACCUGUUACAGCCGGAGGGGGAGACUGAAGAAGACGCAGCUGCCACGGCGGAAAACAAGUCGGUAACUAUUGAAAAGACCAAAGCCCCGCCAGCCCCGGAACCCGACUUGACCGCUCUCGUGACGGGAGUUGUGCGGACGACCGCCACUUGUGCCCGCGGUCUGUUUCCCACUCUGUACGGCUGGUUCAUCCUGACUCCUCUCCUCCUAUGGGUGACCGUGCUAACCUGGACUCGACAGGCCCUCCGCUUCAUCCGCCGCCGGCCACGCCGCCCGUCCCGCCGCCGGAGCCACCGCCUGGCCGCCAAGGCCGACCCCGACACCAAAGCCAAGAUAAGCUCCCGCCGUCGGAUGUCGCCACGGAAGCGCAUCCCGUCCCUGACCGAGGCACUCGCACAUUACAUCCCGAAGAAAGCCUUCUCCAUGCUGGGACUGACCACUCCGCCGGCCGAGAUGACCAUGCCGCUGUUCGGGACCCGCCUGCCUGAACCUGGAGCUAGUAACGAAGAACUCCGCGUCAGUCCCAACAUGGAGGAAGGGGAGAAGCGGAAACGGUCAACAGGAAAGGAUGAAGACGAGACUUUCCUGACCCUGGAUCUGGAGAACUACCGGUCUGAUGACGAUCCGGAUUACCAGUCGGAGUCGUCCUCCAGCACGGACAGCUACGAGUACAUCUCCAGCCAGUCUGAGGGAGACGAUGCCGAGGAGGCGGUGGAGGAGGCGGCCGAGGAGGCGGCGGAGGAGCCGGCGGAGGCUGAGGAAGCACGGGAGGAGCAGGAGGAGGAAGCGGGGACCGGGAAGGACUCGGGCGUGUGUUCUGCCACAGCCACGCCCACGGGAUCGGAGAGCCCAGAAUCCAACAAGCAGCUGUCUACCGACGCUCCGCGCCCAGCAGAUUCUGAGGAAAGCGUCAGCAAGAUCUGUCCUGCCGACAGUAGUCAACCGACAGCGACUUCUAGCGAAUCGGUCAGCCAGGAGUAAAAUGCAGAUCACAAGGCAUCGAUAUGGUCGAAUACUGUCCGAAACUCUUCAGAGAAUGAGUCACCGAGAUAUUGACAACUGUCCUUGAUGUACCACUUUUUAGAAUACUCAUGAACGAUACAAAGUAAAUCUAUGAGAAUCUGCUAAGAUGUCUCUUUGACGCAAAAUGAAAACGAUACUACGGAUAUCAUUAGAUUUGAAGUAUGAAAGUAUAUUCUGUCAAGAUGGAGAGGUGUGAGUCAUUGAAAAGUUACUCUUCAUUAAUCAAGAUUGUUAUAUAUGAUCAAUAAAGCUUGUCAGACUUGAAAA